AUGCACUUCCUUCGCUCCCUCCUAGCGGGAACCUUUCUCGCUGCCGGCGCCUUCGCAGCCAAGAAGACCCCCGAAGAACGAUUCAACGAUUUCCACGCAAAGGCCCUUACCUCGUCUCCGAUCAAGCUCGCCGAUACCAGCUACAAGUCUUUGACUUCUGCUCCCCGCGAUUACACCGUUGCAGUACUCCUGACCGCUCUCGAGAAUCGAUUUGGUUGCCAAUUGUGCCGCGAGUUCCAGCCGGAAUGGGAUCUUCUGGGCAAGACCUGGACCAAGGGUGACAAGAAGGGCGAGUCGCGCCUUCUCUUCGGUACUCUCGAUUUCUCUGAUGGCCGCGAGGUCUUCAUGUCGCUCGGCCUCCAAACCGCCCCCGUCCUGCUCCUGUUCCAGCCCACCAUCGGUCCUCACGCUGUUGCUGCUGUCGAUCCUCUGCAAUACGACUUUACCAGCGGACCUCAGUCUGCUGAACAGGUUCAUGCCUGGCUGUCGAGACACCUUACUGACCGACCCCACCCUCCGGUGAAGCGCCCGAUCAACUGGAUGCGAUGGAUUUCUAGCAUCACCAUUGUCCUUGGUCUUGGCACUGUCCUCGUUACUGCCUCGCCUUACAUCCUUCCCGUCAUUCAGAACCGCAACUUGUGGGCCGCUAUCAGUCUCAUUGCCAUCCUGCUCUUCACCAGUGGCCACAUGUUCAACCAUAUCCGCAAAGUUCCCUAUGUUGCUGGAGAUGGCCGGGGUGGUAUCAGCUACUUUGCCGGUGGCUUCCAGAACCAGUUCGGUUUGGAGACCCAGAUCGUAGCUGCUAUCUACGGUGUCUUGGCUUUCUGUGCCAUCUCUCUCACCGUUAAGGUGCCUCGUAUUGGCGACAACAAGAGACAGCAGGUUGCUGUUCUGGCCUGGGGUGGUGUUCUGUUCAUCAUGUACAGCUUCCUUCUCAGCGUUUUCCGCAUCAAGAACGGUGGCUACCCGUUCUCUCUGCCUCCUUUCAUGUAA